GGAAAUCAACUUCCGGGGGCAGAGGUGUUCCAAGCCGGGCGGCUUGUGGGCUACCCCAACGUGUGUGGCCGGGGGCCGAGGUCGCACCUACGGGUCCGGGGCCGUACCCCGGGCGUGCACGUGCGAGUCCGUGUGCUGGGGGCGGCUCACCUACCGGCCUGGCUGAGCGACACGGCGGCGGCGGCGGCGAGCGGGCGCGGGAGUAGGUGCGCUUGAAGAAUGGAUGAUGAUGAUUUUGGUGGUUUUGAGGCUGCAGAAGUUUUUGAUGGGGGAAGCGGUGAAACUCAAACUACAUCUCCUGCUAUUCCUUGGGCUGCUUUUCCUACAGUAUCUGGAGUCCAUCUUUCUCCAGCUUCUCCUGCAAUCGUACUGGACCAUGACCACUCUUCUCCCACCAUCGGCUGCCUCUCUUCUGAGCCCAUCAUUUCAUCACCAGAGAUUACACAUGCAGACACCACCAUCGUCAGUCAAACUCUUCCUAAAGCGCAGAUUCAGCAAUCAACACACACUGAUCUGGAUAUCUCACUUUUUCCAUUGGGUUUAACUGAUGAGAAAAGUAAUGGAACAAUUGCUCUUGUGGAUGAUUCUGAGGAUCCUUUAGCCAAUGUAUCAAACAUACAGCUUCAGCAGAAAAUUUCAAGUUUGGAGACUAAACUCAAAGUUUCUGAGGAAGAAAAACAGAGAAUCAAAAAGGAUGUGGAAUCAUUGAUAGAAAAGCACAAUGUCUUGGAAAAAGAUUUCCUUAAAGAAAGAGAGCAAGAGGCCAUUUCUUUUCAAGACAGAUACAAAGAACUUCAGGAAAAACAUAAACAAGAAUUGGAAGAUAUGAGGAAAGCUGGUCAUGAAGCCCUCAGCAUUAUUGUGGAUGAAUAUAAGGCACUGCUACAGUCUUCAGUUAAGCAACAAGUAGAAGCUGUUGAAAAACAGUACAUUUCUGCAAUCGAGAAACAAGCACACAAGUGUGAGGAGUUGUUGAAUACUCAGCAUCAGAGGCUCCUUGAAAUGCUAGAUACAGAGAAGGAUCUGUUAAAAGAAAAAAUAAAGGAAGCUUUGGUACAGCAAUCUCAAGAACAGAAGGAAAUAUUGGAAAAAUGUUUGGAGGAAGAAAGGCAAAGAAAUAAAGACUCAUUAGUAUCUGCUGCAAAGCUUGAGAAAGAAGCAAUGAAGGAUGCAGUUUUAAAAGCCAUAGAAGAAGAAAGAAAAACUUUGGAAAAAGUCCAUGCUGAGGAAAGGGAAUUAUGGAAGACUGAGCAUGCAAAAGAUCAAGAAGAAGUAUCUCAGGCAAUUCAAAAAGCUAUACAAGAACAAAGAAAAAUUAGUCAGGAAACAGUUAAGGCUGCAAUAAUGGAGGAGCAAAAGCGCAGUGAAAAGGCUGUGGCAGAGGCAGUGAAAAGAUCACGAGAAGAAUUGAUCGAGUACAUCAAAGAACAGAAAAGGCUUGAUCAAGUCAUCCGCCAAAGAAGCCUGUCCAGUUUGGAACUAUUCCUCUCCUGUGCUCAGAAACAGCUAAGUGCUUUGAUAGCUACGGAACCAGUUGACAUUGAGUAAAGAGGACAUGACAAGCUAACCCACACUGGCAAUGGAUAAAUCAUUAGACCUCUCCAAUAAUACAUGCAGUGAAUUACAAAGAUGCUUUUGUUUUCUUUCCAAGCCUUGGAUAAGUGAUUUCCACUUCAACGAUAAACCAAAACAAUAUUUAGAAUCAUCAAGAGAUGUAAUUUAUUUUCUUUUGUUUACUCCUUCACCUUUACUACUAUUUUGGUAGCAGCAGCAACAGAAUGUGUAAUGUGACUCAAAAGCCAUUGAAAAUUUCCUCAUUACCAGAAGUUAAUUAGAAACGAUACAGCCUCUGGCCUGUUAUGUUAUAUUUGGCAGAAGCAGUAAAUAUAUUUACUUAUUGCUUGACAGUGACUCUUGAUAUGAUUCUAGAAUGUAAUCAUGCAUUUAUUUGAGGAUAAAAACAGCAUAGAUUUCAACAUCUCCUUCUGACAUUACCGCAGUUCUUUUCUGUAGAGGGAUCUAUUUUUGUUGGUAACAGUUGAAAACACUAAAGAUCAUUAUAUUAAUUUCACUUUGAUCUAAUGUACCAUUUAAAGGGGUAUGUGUAUGAUAUAUGCUUUGUUCCUGUUUCUAUUCUUCAAAGUCACUGUGAAUCAAUAAAUUCAUUUUUAAAUGAAUCAUAUCAUGAACUUAAUCUCUAGAAAGGGAACGUAACAUAACCAUUUACAUGAAGUCAGGUUCAUAUAAGAGAUAUGAAAUUCUUGCCCAGAAUUUCAUGAUGUGCUUAAUUCAUGAGCAGUGUGCUUCAAUGCAGAAUCAUGAGAGUUUUUUGGGGUUUUUUUUGGUUUUUUUUUUUAACACCAAAACUAAAUGUUGUCAUUAAAAUUAUGCAAGCAAUUUCUUUUGUUUUUGAAAUGCUUCUACUUUUGUGGGCUUUGUAAUUUUAUGGGAUUCAUUAGUGUAAUAAAAAGAGCUUUAGAAACUUA